GCAUUGAUUUGAUAAUUAGAUAAAUAUUUACUAUUUGAAGUAAAUGUGUCCAGGGACAUUUGGGACUGUUGAUUAUACAAACUAUGACGACAUGAAGUAUGCUAUUCGAAAACUUGACGAUACAGAAUUCAAAAAUCCUUGGGCAAGAGCAUACAUUCGGGUGAAAAAGUACGAAGGCAGUCCCACUAGGGGUCGGAGCAGAAACAGAAGCAGAAGCCGUAGUAGGAGCCGGAGCCGAAGCCGAAGCCGAAGCCGAAGUGCGAGGCGAAAUAGGAGGUACCAGCUUUUUCUGUUUUACUGUUUUCACUCUCAUGGCCUCAUUAUUCUUUAUAAU